AAUCUCCUGUAUAUAUGAAAACCUACAGUGAACAUAACUAGGAUACAGUAAAUCAUACAUCAUUACAUUGUCCAUAUGACUCAACUGUGUAUUAUUAAUUAUUCAAUUUACAGAAACACUAAAUUCAACUGCAAUUCCAUUGUCUCCUGUAGACUAUGUAUGAAGACCAACAGUGAAUAUCUACAGAUAUUUACAUCGUAGUGCAGAUCAUUACACUGUCUCUGAUAUCUUAAUGUAACGUUUAUAUUUAAAUUCACAAAAAACACUCAAUUAGUCAACGUCUGUGGACGGGACAGUGAUUAAUGUGUUUAAUGUUAUUUCGCCCUCUAUCCUACUCCCCCUACUGGACGCAUCAGGAACAACAGGGGCGUAAACCUUCCUGCUCCAGGUGAGCAGCCUCUCCAUACAGACCACCAAUAAACACAAAGGAGGAGGAGGAAGCAGUUUGGAAACCUCGGUAUCAGAAGUGAAAGUUGGAGUUUUACUCAGUUUUAAUCAUUAAUCCUGCUCUGUGAUAAACGCUGAGCAAACCUAUCUGUAUAAAGGACUUCAUCUCAUUUUAUUUGUUAAAGUCUACAAUGUAGACCUUCUAAAAUGAAGGACAACAGCGCCAUGUUAAAACUUCUCCUGUUUCUCACAUUUCCUGCUCAUCUUUCAUCUGCAGACACACACACUCUGCAGUACCUCUACACUGCAGUCACACCAGGAGUAAAUUUCACUGCUGUUGGUCUGGUGGAUGGAGAACAGUUUGUGUUCUAUGACAUCAACAUGACGAGGAGGAUCUCAGAGUGGAUGAAGAAGGCAGAAGAUGAUGAUCCACUUUACCGACAGAGAGAGAUGGAGCAUGUAAAGAAUCAACAGGACUCGUUCCAAUACAUUGUGGCUAGAGUAAUGAAGAUCUUUAAUCAACCUAAAGGAAUUCAUAUAUUCCAGAGGAUAUACGGCUGUGAGCGUGAUGAUGACGGCACCACUAGAGGAUACGAUGAGUACGGUUAUGAUGGCGAAGAUUUCAUCAGUCUGGAUCUGAAAACUGGAACCUGGACUGCAGCUAAUGAUAAAGCUGAGAUCUUCAUAAACGAGUGGGAUCCUACUGGAGAGAAGGCUAAACACUGGAAGGACUUCCUGGAGAAAGACUGUAUUGAUCAGUUACAGAAGGUUCUGAAUUAUGGCAAAGAAACUCUGGAGAGGAAAGUUCCUCCUACAGCGUCAGUGUUCCAGAAACACUCUUCUCCAGAGGUGGUGUGUCAUGCUACAGGUUUCUUCCCCAAAACAGUGAUGAUCACCUGGCAGAAGGACGGGGAGGACGUGCAUGAGGACGUGGAUCUCAAUGACACGUUACCCAACCAGGAUGGAAGCUUCCAGAAGAGAAGCAUUCUGACAGUCUCAGCUGAGGAUCUGCAGAAACACACCUACACCUGCGUGAUUCAGCACAGCAGCUUGGAGAAGGAGAUCGUGCUGCGUGAGGAAGAUAUUCGAAUCCUGAAUCCUGAUAGAAGAACAGGUGGAGGAUCAGGUGGAGGAUCAGGUGGAGCUCCGAUUGGUAUCAUCGUUGGUGUAGUUGCGGCUCUCGUUGUUGUUGUUUUUGUUGGAAUUGUGGUCUGGAAGAAGAAGAACUCUGGUGAGGAAAAAAAAACAUUAAGUUCAAGAGAAAAAGUGAAACUCCAGACGCAGUCCAGACGUAGUCUUCACACGCGUUCCAGUCUCAGACAGUUAGCUACAUCUGAAAUGAUGGGUUCCAGUACUGAUGGUUCUGCAUCUGGGGAGGCAGAGUCUGAGGUGUAAAUACAGCUUCACUUCCCACUCUAUCUGUUUAUCAGAACUUACUGAGUUUAGAAAUAGUAGGUGAUUUUAUUACUGGGUCUAAAAUGACCAGCUAUUAUAUUGUAUAACUUGAAAAAAUAAUCUCCACUACAUCAGUAGCAAAUCUGCGAUUAUCUUCACCUCUACUGAGAAAAGAACAGAAGUGUAAGGACAGUGAUGAGUUCAUACAUUUAUACAAUCAUCAGCCUUUUAAUUGGCAGGUAUUGUAGGUUUGUAGGUAUGCUCCACACGGACAUGGCAGUGGUCUGGGUGUGGUUCUGUGUGUGGGUGCAGGUUUAGUCUUAGUCCUGUGUCAAAUAUCUUUUAAUAGCUUUUAUCUUAUUUAGUCAUAUUAUUAUUAUUAUUAUUAUUAUUAUUAUUAUUAUUAUUAUCAUAAUUAAUUAAUUGAUUAAUUAAUUAAUUAAUUAAUUAAAAUUUCAGUUGAACAUUUUGUUGAUGAAAAUAGAGAUGUUUUGGUAAAGAUUUUAUUUUAGACCACAUUUUAGUCUCGUCUUUUUUCGUCAUCAGUAUUGCAUGCUGAUAUAGUCAGUUAGUGUUUAAUGAACUGUCUUCUCGUCUACAUGGUUGUAAAAAGGCUCUUUCACACUGCGCACUAAACGAAGUGAAUCACAGAUGAACGAUGCUUUCACACCGAACACGAAACUAUUAAUUGUCUUCAGCUAAUUCAUGUCUGCACGAUAGGUGGCGCUGACCAAGAAUGCAUUUUACACCUGCAUUUUACAACCCUGAGACCCCUGAGAAUCACUUAAAUGUUGGCGCAGAGCACCACAACACAAACUGUUAAGAAGAAAGUUUUCUUGUGUUUUUGAACAGCACCAUCGAGCUGUUUUAGUCUGAAUGAAAUAAUCUGAAAUAUAAUAAAUAACGCAGCAGUGGAACAAAACCUGAGUUUAAUGUCCAAGACCACCACAGUUUUAUUUUUGUGGUUUAAAAAAAAUCGACACACUGGUUGAAAAAAAUGUAGUGUCACUUUGUCACGCCGUGAAUGAACCGCGCCCGGUGUGAAUAGCUCCAUAGGGAUCAACUGUUUCGAUACAAGAUCAUCAUCGCAUCAGACAUUCACACCGCUUAAUCACGCUCAGUGUGAAAGGCCCUUAAGAACAAUAAACAUAAGAAAAUUCACAGUAUAAUAAAAAAAGAGGUAAUAUAAGUAGUGGAAAGUGACAAGUAAUGAUAGUUAUGUUUUGCAUUUAUUUUACAAAUAGUCAAAACACAAUAUUUCAGAAAGGCUUAUAAAGUCUGUUAUAAAAGAUAAAGAACCAAUUAUAAUGUAGCAGUUCAAAAGAUAACACUAUAAAGUGUGUAACUGCUGUAUUCGCACUGCCAUGUCCGUGUCUAGUCAAGUCCAUGGCCGAGAGUGACAUCACAGUACAUUUAAAGUGCUGCAUUUUACAUUAUAAAAUUUAGUGCCGCAACAAUUAGGCUAGCGGUGGUGUAGAGAUGCAAGUGGAUGAAUGUUUUUUUUUUUUUCUCCUCCCAAAAACAUUCCAGUGGAUGAAUUAAGAUAAAGUGCCUCUAGGUGUGCAGGAUGAGUGUGCCGUGUCAUAGAGGUCCAAUUUGGACAUUUUGACUUAGGGGUGUACUCACUUUUGUUACCAGCAGUUUAGACAUUAAUGGCUGUGUGUUGAGUAUUUUGAGGGGACAGCAAAUUUACACUGUUACACAAGCUGUACACUCACUACUUUACAUUGUAGCAAUCAUUUCUUCAGUGUCGUCACAUGAAAAGAUAUAAUCAAAUAUUUACACAAAUGUGAGGGGUGUACUCAACUUUUGUGAGAUACUGUAAGUGUGUAGGAUGCGUUUGGGUGAGUUAAUUAACCUGCUAGUUAAGCGCUUCAGUUUCCCGUGUUAGUGUUCAUUCACUGUUCUUCAGUUCACACAGCGGCUCAAUCGCCGACAUGAUUUAUUCAUUAGCAUCUUGAGUGUCCGCUUUUUUUUAUUAAAAAAUUAAUUAAAAUCGGUGCUAGUGUUUGCUACACAUCUUAAAUUCUUUAAAAAAAAAAAAAAGUUUUGAAUGUACAUUUUUAUCUUCGAAGUCCGGAACUUGCUUUAACAGAACUAGAGCAGACGAGAGGACAGAAGCUACAGGAAUGGUUAAGUGUAUCAGGAAUCUUCCUCUCACGCAGAGUGCCGUGUGCAGUUCAGUGUUUCUCAAAUAAAACACUUAAACUGCAUUUACAUCCGUCUCUACUCGCUGAACAUGACAUGGUAACAUUCAUUCUUGUGUAAACAAACACACGUGUAAACACAAUGGGUGAUUAUCGAGGUCAGCAAAAAGUAUUGAGGUCACGUCAAUGUGUCACACAAUAAGUCAAUAACGUAGUUCUCGUGACAGGCCUACUGACAAAUAAAACUUUCAAAAACCUUCAUUAACUGUAAAAAUGAGUUUCGUUCUUUUCUCAGUUCAGGGAAACACACAUGCUACAGAUGUAAUAGUGGAGAUUAGAAAUUAAUGCAAAAUGCAGACUUUUUUUUUUUAUUAUUAUUCUCACAGUUGUGUGAGUGAUGUAAUGAUAUUGCAAUGUUCUGCUCCACUGAGUUUAUUGCUGUAGGAGCUACUACUAUCGGUGUGGGUGGUACAAGUACAAAUGGAUCAGGUACAGCAGUUUACUAAUAUUUGUGGAACAAAUAAUUUAUUGUGUUAUGACUAUUUAAAAUGUGAAAAGAGUUAAAUGAUGUGAAGCUAAAUUGUUUACUUUUAUUAAUGAAUGUGUCAAUUUAUAUGUGAAAUUUACAUUUGAUGUAUUACUUAUUACAUGUUAGAUACAGUGCCCUACACUAAUAUUGGCACCCUUGGUCAAGAAGGCUGUGAAAAAUUGUGCCAAAUGAAAACCAGAAUGCCUCUGCCAGAAAUCUUAAAGUGGGCCGUGGCUGGAUCUUCCAUCAGGACAUUGAUCCAAAACAUACAUCAAAAUCAACACAAAAAUGGUUUAAUGACCACAAAAUCAAGGUCCUGCCAUGACCAUCCCAGUCUCCUGACCUGAACCCCAUAGAAAACCUGUGGAGUGAACUGAAUAGGAAAGUCCACCAGCGUGGAGGAACGCUCUCAGAUCCUUCACCGUGUAUUCCAUGUAUUCUCAGGCAUUAUAGGAGAAGGCUUAGAGCUGUUAUCUUGGCAAAGGGAGUAACACAAAGUAUUGACUCAAAGGGUGAAAAUAAUUGUUGCACAUGUAUUUAACAUGAGAGCAAAGUAUUCUUGUGAAUUUUGUUGAGUGCAAAAGUUUUAAUACUGUCAGAGACCUGUAACCCUCUCAAUGGUAAGCGCUAUCUGCCCUCUUCCACAUACAUGAGCUAACAGAUGCCCAUGAAUGGCCAGUGAUGCUGUGACUGGCAGGUGAGAGGUUUGCCCCUCCCAGCCUGACAGCACAGACAGUGUUUGCUUCAAGUUUGAUUCUUAACUCCACUUGAACCUGUUCAACCUUUUAAAUAAGAAUUAAAAACACUUUAUUUAAAAAAAAAAAAACUUUACAGUGAUGGUCUGAGAUCAAUGAAACUUUUGCACUCAACUGGACAUUAUCUGUUAAGAUUAAAGGGGUCUUAUGAUGCUUUUAAAAGUUCAUUGUUUAGUUUAUUGGUUGUAAGAGAAUAAGUUACCAUGCUUUAAUCUUCAGAAAACACAUUUCACAUACUGUACAUUUAUUCCUGUUUCUCCAAAGCCCCUCCUUCCGAAAAGCCCAGAGUGCUCUGAUUGGCCAAAAACCUCAAGUAUGUGUUGGAAAUAUAACGCCCCUUACCAUAAUCACGAGCUUCUGCUUCAACACUUCUAAAGCAAUUACAAACACAGUUAAUAAUUUCGUCAGUUUUACUGUAUCAGUUCGAGCCCGAGUCAGAUUCUGAAAAUGUGGAUGAUCGAGCAGAUCAAUCAGAACCAACUCUACAAGCACGACUUCAGCAGGACGUUUCACAGCGGCAAGUUUUUAUUUUGUAACUCUCUUAACUUUCAGAUACGACGUUAACGAUUUAAUUUGUCUUCUUCACUGUAGUAUCUUUAUGUCCGGAAGUGACUAAAUAAAAUGAAUUAAAUAUUAAUAAAUGACUGCAUCAUGCCGAUAUUUCAAACUGUGACAGACGUUUGUGGAAGUAAUACCUGGACUUGGAUGGAGGUGUUUUAUGCAGGUCUGGAGCAGUGCUCUCUGUUAGAUAGAAUAAAUCCCUUUGUGGGAGACUACUUUUGUGGGAGCUUUGUAACUUUGCAGAUCUUUUACAUGCACAAACAGAUUAUUCACUAAAGGAAAACAUUCAAAAGCGUCAUAUGACCCCUUUAAAACAAACUUUAAGAAAUUGUUCAUUGUAAUAAACUACCUCUUUUUUUAUUAUAUGAAAUGGUAUAAAUUUGUACUACUUGCACUUUUCACUGACUCUUUCAUUAAAAAAAAUUAUACCAAAGAAA